AUGGGAAACAAAACCACACUCGACGGACCCCGUCAGGCCGAGGCAACUCGGGCCAAGAACGAAGCCCUGGACAAAUUGAUUCAGGUCUACCACGUGGCCAAGGCCGAUUAUUAUCUCGGAGACGCCAACAAGUCUGGAAUCUCGGACAAAUCGACAGACAAGUUCACCAACGUCCGCUUCCUUCGAGACACCGCCGAAAACCUCCUUCGCUGCCUCAAGGCCCAGGGUGAAGAUCACCACCUGAUCCCGGAGGUCGAGCGCGUGGUCACUGCCAGCUGUGAACACGCUGAGCGCCUGGCUGGUGGACGCAAGCGUAUCUUUGAGGACCCCGAGGAUGAGCAGCUGGCUCGUCACCGCAACGGCCAGCGACACAACCAGGAAAACAAGCUCAGUCUUUACCCAAGUCAUCCCUCCAGCACUUCUCAUGGCACCCGGUUUGAACUCUCGAAGAGACCGCGCACUUUCCAACCCGUUGAUCGUUACCGCGGCGAAGCUUACAAAGAGGAUUGGCAUAACGGUCGUGCCUAUGAACGCACUGAGCGUAUUGGCCGUGGCCAUAGCCGUGCUCGCCCUUUUCGCGACCAUUAUCGUCGUGGUCACCCUGCUGUUCGUGAUCGUGGACGUUCUCGUACCGAUCCCGCCGAUUAUGCUGUGAACAUUGAGCACGCCAGAGAUACUCGUCGCUCUGAUCGUGAUGACCGCACUAAUCAUGGCGACCUCAUCAACCGCACUGAACCCUUCGACCGCCCUGAUGAAGGCUACAAUGGAAGUGAUUAA